AUGAGUUCUAACACAGAAAGUGCAAAAGCUGCGACAAAAGAGGCCAUACUUAAAUGGAAAAAUGAAAACCCUACCACCACUGAGGCGUGGAUCUCACGUGCCCAAGAGGUUGCAAAAAUCCUUUCGAUCGAUGCUGCUGAGAGGGAUGAGAAGUCUGAAUCUCCCUUCACGGAAGUUGCUCUCUUGAAAGCAGCUGGUCUCGUCAACCUCUUGAGUCCAGAAAAGUAUGGAGGUAAAGGACAAACUUGGGAAUUGGCUUACAAGAUCAUCUUGGAGGUGGCCAAAGCUGACAGUAGUAUAGGACAUUUGCUUGGUAUUCACUAUUUAUGGUUCUGGUCGGCAGUUUUCUUUGGUACUCCUGACCAAAAAGACAAAUGGUUAAAGAUUUUCACACAAGAAAAAUCUUUCAUCGGCGGAGCCGUCAACGCAAGAAAUAAAGAUCUUGUGGCAACACCUGAAGGUGAUGAAAUUGUGUUCAAUGGAAAGAAGUUCUUCUCCACUGGUUCAGUCAUUUCGGACUAUUUGAUUUUAGAAGGCUCAUUACCCAGUGGUGAACAUGUUUUUGCAUAUGUUCCUGCAAAUAGUCCUGGAAUCAAGUACUUACAUGAUUGGAACGCAAUAGGCCAACGGUUAACAGAAUCUGGUGGUGUGGUUAUUGAUAAUGUUAGGAUUAAAAAGGAAGAUGCUUUGGGGUUCACCUCAUCUUUAGACAAAGUCGUUAAUGAUGUCUACUCCUCGUUUGUUUUACCAACCGUUCAGUUGGUGUUCACCAGUGUUCAUAUUGGUGUUGGAGUUGGGGCUCUUGAAAGUGCAGCAGAAUAUACCCGAGAAAACACUAGGGCUUGGCCUUAUGGAGGUGAUAACAAGGAGAAAGCCGUUGAUGAAUGGUAUAUUAGGGAAGGAUAUGGGGUUUUGGCUGCAAAAACUUAUGCGGCGCAAGCUCUUCAUCGUGAAGCAGCCAAACUGGUUUCUGAGGUUCUUCAUGCCGAUAGAAAAUCUAUUACAGAAAGGAGAAGAGGUGAAAUCGCCGUCAAGGUUGCCGCAACCAAAAUUGUUGGGGUUGAAACCUCUUUGGAGGUUGUGACUAAGAUCUUUGAGUUGACAGGAGCCAGGUCAGGUUUAAGGAAAUAUGCGUUUGAUAGGUUUUGGAGAAAUAUUAGGUUACACAGUCUCCAUGAUCCUUUACCUUACAAGAAGCGUGAAGUUGGUUCGUUUUUCUUGCUUGACGAAAUCCCCACUCCUUCGUGGUAUACUUAG